ACGGACCUCGGGCUUGACCUAGGACCGUUUGAAGGUUGACCGGAUGCGGUCGCGGAAAGGCAUUUUGCGGACGCUGUGCCCUUUGGCUUCCUUUGUUUACAAACGACUUCCGCGAUUGGGCCCAGGGAACUUAGGCGCCGACUACCCCCCAGGGGUGUUCGGACCCCACUGCACGGUAACCAUUUGCCGGACGAUGCGUCUCGAAUCCCGUGGAAAUCCGGACGAACUGCGCAGGUCGGAAAAAAACUCGUCCUUUUUAUUUCCGAUCGCCCUGCCUUGACUUGCGACUUCGGGGCUGUGGCUACCACGAACCACCGAGUGACCGUUGAAGUCGGCCGUGUGCUUCGAACACCUAAAGGAAGAUUCAUUAUUUCAUCAUUCGCAUAUUUCUGCUUUUCGUGAUUCCGUCCCGAAGCGCAAGAGCAAUGCGUGCCCCGGAAGAACAAUGCACACGCCGUGUCCGCUGUUAACGUGUCCUCCCUCGCCAUCUCCCCCAGCGGGCACUUCGCCUCCCGCGGUUUCGAGCUGGUCACCUGCGCCACUGGUGUUGCCUGCCCUGGCCAGCUUGCCUAAUUACCGCCGCUGCGGCGGGAACACACGCCCUGAGCUCGCGAUCGAAACCGUUGUCGUGUCACAGCAGUGGCACCGUGCGUGCGCUUGUCACCCCUAAAGGGGCAGGUGUGCGUCCGGUCACUGCGGCUAUCCGUUUUCGGGCGUUCCGGCCCGUGUGCGGCGAUCGGUGGGCAGAAUCCUAAAAUCUUAGGCCACGACCCAUGUUACUGCGGGGCCUGGUGUAGCUGGUCCCGCGAAACGACACGCUUUACUGUAAAAUGGACGAAGCGUACAACGUGUAUGCGUGGCGGGGGGGGACUCGCGGGAGCACACUGCGCAGAUCCUCGCGGCUGGCGGUUGCGUGGCUUCAUCAGCUGCUGUGGUCAAGCGCCGGCUAGACAUGGAGUCCCCCGAGCCGUUUGCCUUUAAGGCACCAGCGGCAAAGAAGGGGCGUCUGGCCAGCUCAGCAGGAAGCCAACUUCGCAAAGGUGGGGAACGCAACCGGUAUGACACGUCCCUUGGUCUCCUCACAAAAAAGUUCAUCCAGCUUCUGAAGGGUGCAACAGAUGGGGUGGUGGAUCUGAAUAAAGCGUCCGAGCUGCUAGGCGUGCAGAAGCGGCGCAUCUAUGACAUUACUAAUGUGCUAGAGGGAGUUGGCCUCAUCGAGAAGAAGUCCAAAAACAACAUCCGGUGGCGGGAGGGGCGCGGGGCAGCCACUCUGAACGGCAGCAGGCAGCGUGUCUUGCAGCAGGAGAUUGACGAGUGCAUCAAGAUGGAACGUGAGCUGGACGAGCUCCUGGAGGGAGCAGCGUCUGACCUGCGAGGGCUGACCGAGCAUGUGGAUCGAAGGCAUGCUUAUGUAACGUACCGGGACCUGCGAAGCAUCAACAGCCUGGCCGACCAGACUGUGAUAGCUGUCAAGGCACCUCCUGAGACACGCCUGGAAGUGCCUGAUCCUCACAAGGGCCUGCAGAUAUGGCUCAAGAGUGACAAAGGGGAGAUCGAGGUGUACCUGUCCAACCCUGAAGAUCCUGUGGGACUAAUUGGUUGCGAAGCAGACAUCCCCGCGACCAGCUUGCCUUCAUUGUCGUCUUCAGGGGACUACGAGGAAGCGGCAGCCCAAUCUGCAUCUGGAGGACCCUCUACGGAGGAGGUGUGCCUAAAGCGAGCCCUCAUCUCAGAAGAGGAUGACCUCGGGCCAAUGGGCGGCCGACAGCUGCUGCUGCAAACUGAGGACCAGCUGCUAGCAGACAGCUUUGUGCAACUGGAGCCCCCUCUUUCCGAGGAGGACUACGCCUUCACUCUCGACCAGGCUGAGGGCAUCGCUGACCUGUUCGACGACUACGACUUUUCCGACCUCUGCCCCCCGUCCAAGUGAUGGCGUGUCUCUCCUUUAUGAUUCCAACCCACCCCCCGACUCUGUCUGUCUGUGCCGACAAGUACAAAAAAACAGGCGCCGUGCCGUUGCCGGCUCUUCCCCCGGUGACGCCCUUCUCCCCUCCCCCUCUCCACAUAGCACUGCCACAGCAUGCACGUGCACGCAUCGUUUCUUACUUGUGCAUAAGUGCAGGUGGCCAACAUAGUGUACAGUACUGUCCAUGGGAAAUCAAACCUGUUGAGCCUAUGUUGGGGUUUCUAAGUGAUUCUCCGCCACAUGUGUGUGUGUGACCUUGUCUUUUGCUGGUAUUUGUUGUUUCUGUCUGUGUGUUGAGUCUGUUGUUUGUUUGUUUUGUUCAUUUUCUACUCUGCUGUUUUAUAUUUAUGCUUUUGACAGAUAGUUUUUAGACUGCGUCCUCUCUUGUUUGAGGAUGGACUGUGGUGUUCUUUUGCUUGGCUUUAGUGGGGCGCAUCAGAAGAAAGAUACACAUCAAUUGUCUACUCCCUGGUGCUGCCUCUGGAAUGAAGUUUUACUAAGUGUAUCUUAGUCGUGUUUAAGGAACCCGUUUGCUGUUGAUGUGGUGCUGCAUCACCGAGUGCUGCAGCUUGGUGGAAGUCUUCAUGUGCGUUCCUGUGCUGUGAAGAAGUCUUGCCGUUGUUGCCUUCGAAAGCACACAAGCUCACGCAGCCUACAUGUGAAGUUAGAAACUAGCUCGGCUGCAGCAGAAAGCAUGAACAUUAUUAUAGCGGAAUGUUUGUGCAAUUUUGCGUUUCUGUGCUUUUUAUUUAUCUUUCUUUGGCCACAUUAGGGGCAUUACGAAGGAGGUUGCCAUCUGCUCUCUGGUGAUGGUUGCAGAGCCGGGUUGACUCAGUCAUUUUAGUCUUAUAUUUUGUGCCAUUAGUAUGGCACUGAAACAGGGAAGUUUUGAAAGCUGCAGGUACUUGGUCUUGCUGUUUGGAUGUAUUAUUUUCCAUUCAGGGUGCUAAUAUGACAGUGCAGUCAGCUUACAUAGCGAAAUGAUGGUACUGUCUUUCAUCAUUGAAUUUUUUUUUUUUAGCAGCAUGGACAUUUCGGUAGGUGACAUGGACUUUUGGUUACUGCUGCUUUCAAUUGUAUAAAGCUUUAUUUAUCACUUUGUCACUUUAAGAUCGGCUGAUGGCAGUGCUUCCUUGGUGCUGAAAGAUCAGAGUCUUGUUUGUGCGAGCAGGGGCAGGGAUUAGGGAUUUCCAAUGAUUCCUUUUUGAGAAGCAGUGACCUGUCACAUUGCUGAUAAGUCUUGUUCUAUAGCUCUAUCAGUGCCAUCAGCUUACUGCUGCCAAAAAAAAUAAAGAGAAGUUUGCAGUCUUUGAUUUCAAAGGUACAUGAAUAUUGUGACAGCUGGCAUUUUAAUACCUCUGGAAUAACUCACUUAUGAGCAGGCAGCAGUAAAGGAGUCACAGUUUAAGAAGGAGCUCAGAAUUUGAAGUCACUAUUCACAGAAAACUUGAAAGAGAAGUGAAAAGGCACUGUGUUCCUUUUAUUUAGGCUGCUGGCUACCCAGUGAGUUUAGAUCAAGUUGGUGCUUCUUGCUUGCUGAUAGCGCUGGUACUAGUUAAGGUUUGGUACAGGUUAGGGUUUGUCACCACAGAGAUACAUCUGCCUUGAAGCUGCCUGUGGGCCUAAGUGAUCCCAUGGCUCUUGAGACAGAGACCCUUGACGUGUAUGCCAUAAGAUAACUUUCAAAACUACACGGAGGUUGCUGUGUUUAAGUUCAGCUGCACUAUGUUUUUAUGUGAAGAGUCUAUUUCUAAGUCAGGCCUUGUGUGCCAUGGUGCCCACAUGUGGCAGCAGUUUCAACAGUCAUUAAUGCAGGCUUCGCAUGUGCUCGUGGGAUCUGUGUUAACUGGUCCAGCCCUAUUGUAGAUGUGAACCUGUAAAUGAAGCAGUAGUCUGAAAAAGAAACUCUCGUUUAUGAGCGCCUUAAUGGUGUUUUUAGGACUGUCUGAAAGAACAACCUGACCACCAUGUGCUCAGCACUAAUGCUAGUUUGGUUAAGGUUAAAUUAGUGGUGCAUUUCUGCUUGACAGCGUGGAGUUAGCAGCGAUUUCCUUUAGCAUUGCCAUGCUUCAUAAGUUAGCAUAGCAGCUUGGGCAGUAACUUGAGCUGCUUACCCAACUGUAGCCAGAGCACUCAAUUCGAUGUCACUUUUCUCUGUGCACUGGGUGCAAACUGAAAUUGUUGGUCACACAUCAAGGUGUGAGGAAUGCUGUAAAUGAGUGCAUGUAGGAAGAUGUUAUGCAAGUGUGCUCAUAACAUAGGUAAACCUCGCUCUCUUCACUUGGCAAAUCUAAGUGCUCGGUGACUGCGACAUGCUGUAGGAAUGGAGGCAGUGCGCUGUGUUCUGCCUCCCAUAAAGUGUCCUUUGUCGCAGUACAUUUAAUGUGCCAUCACGCUCUUCUUCAGGUUGGACCUCGGUUGCUUUCCUGCUUUGCGUUAAGAAGGCUGUUAACACUGAAGGUUCACCUAUAUGACGAGAGACAGCUUGCCAUCUGAAAACUUUUGUUUUGCACGUGCAGAGCACAGGGGGCAUUUGCAAUGGAGUUUCUGGCGGUUCUGGCGGCCUCCAACAUUCCUCAGUUUUUUGAUGCAUCGAGACAUUGCCAGCAUGGCACUGAUAUUCUCACAGCAGCCUGGGCUGCAUGGCCUUUUAAGAAGUGUUGUGUGCCUUUGCAUGAACUGCAGCAUGGCAAUGGGCGUGUGUGGAAUGUGAGGUGUGAGAGUUUGCGGGUGUGCUUGGAGGUACUCGUUCCCCGAUCGUAUUGUGGGAUGGUGGAACCUUCAGAGUGUUCCUCUUUGAGUGUUUGUGUGAUUUAAGAAGUAUUCCUCGUGCCUGCCCUCCUUCCCCAGUGACGUGUGUGCCGAGCUCUCGGUCGACACUUGUAGGAGAGAAACUGUGAACGUGGGGAAGAGGCUUGCCUAUUUUGACAUGAAGCCUGUUGUCUGACUAGGGCAAUACCUCCAGCGCACCUGUUCUGGUGUGCGAUGCGAACUGCCAUUACGAAGCAAGGUAUUAUAUUUUGCAACAAGAACUGGUGUUCAUUGUACAUAGCAUGUAACAUAUAUUUUUCACUUUUUGUAGGUAUUUUGUGUAUGUGUUUGCUAUGAAAUGUUGACAGGUUUUUUUUUUUUUAGAAGGUUGAAUUUGGGUCGUGUGACGCUACACAAGCAGCUGCAUGGGCUAGCUUGUUGCUGUUGCCAAAUAAAACUUCGUUUUAUAUACAAUA